AAAUCUUGGUUUACGAUGGGGAAGUACUUUUUUCUGUCAUUUUUUCUAUUAUACUCUUGUUUUGUCGGAGAUGUGGUAGCCAGAAGACGCCACAGUCGCAGUAAAGAUGAGGCUUUAGAUAUUGACGGUAAAAUUGUUGGUGGUUACAAUACUACCAUACAAGAUGUCCCAUAUCAAGUGUAUCUAUUACUGCAGAUGGGUAAUAUUUAUUACCAGUGUGGAGGUUCGAUUAUAAGUGAGAGAUAUGUUUUGACAGCAGCGCACUGUCUUACGGGGAUAACGCGAAUAUAUAUCAGAGCUGGCAGCACUCUAGCUAAUAGUGGAGGCACUCAGUACAACACUACUCGAUACAGGCAGCACCCCUUCUAUAACCCAAUGAAUAGCGAUUACGAUGUAGGCCUAAUAAAUGUUCCCGAUGGAAUAAAAUUAGACGGACAAAAUACUAAGGCAGUCCCAUUACCAGCUGCAAGUAGCACUAUUGAACCUGGAACUAAAAUUCUCAUAACUGGUUGGGGAGAUACUACAGAAGGUGGUCAAGUAAGUGAAAAUUUGAUGGGUGUACAAAUUCCAACCAUAUCAAACGAUGAAUGCCGUAAAAGUUAUUCUACGCUCACUACUCGACAGUUUUGCGCUGCCGUGCCCGAAGGUGGGAAGGACUCUUGCCAGGGUGACUCUGGAGGUCCUGCAGUGGCGACAGAUUCUGGAGUUCAACUGGGGAUUGUUUCAUUUGGCACAGGCUGUGCUCGACCAGGGUACCCUGGGGUUUACACAAACAUCGCCAGAGUGCGUAGGUGGAUCAAAAGGAACGCUGAUGGUCUAUGUAGAAGUCACAAGCACCCAAGUAAAGCUAGGGGUGUGAAAAUAGUUGGCGGUUACGAUACUAAUAUUCAGACUUUUCCAUACCAAGCGCUUUUGAUUAUAGAGAAAGGAGAGGAUUAUCAGCAAUGUGGAGGAUCGAUUCUUAACGAAAAUACUGUUCUUACGGCUGCUCAUUGUUUAAUAAAUGUUAACAGGGUAUAUGUAAGGACUGGUUCUUCUGACUCAGGCUAUGGUGGUUCUUUGUCCGUCUCCACUGAUUUCGUGAUACACCCGAAGUAUAACCAAAAAACAUACGACUAUGACGUUGGAAUCGUAAAGCUCUCAGAACCGAUACAAAUGGAUGAUGAAACGACAAAAGUAACUACUUUGGCGAAAAAGGGAUCCUCCGUUAAAGCAGGAACAACUGUAGUUGUAUCUGGAUGGGGAGCUACUUCUGAAAACGGAAGUUCAAGUGACAAUUUAAUGGCAGUUGAAGUUGUUACGCUUUCUAACGACCAGUGCCGCAAAUCAUACAGAGCACUUACAGAGAGAAUGUUUUGUGCUGGUGUUCCUGAGGGCGGAAAGGAUUCUUGCCAGGGAGAUUCUGGAGGACCAGUGGUAUCAAAGGAGACUGGCAUUCAAAUUGGAAUUGUAUCUUUUGGCAAAGGUUGUGCUCGUAAAGACUACCCGGGCGUGUACGUAAGAGUAGCAAGCGCUACAGUUCGCGACUGGAUCAAGAAAGAGUCUGGCGUAUGAAAUAUAGAUGGCGCUAGAAAUAGUCACUUUGUUUUGAACUUAAUCUUGUCAUAUUUUUUGAUGGGAAAACAUUAAAAAUUAUAAAAGUAAAUUCAAAACAGGAUGACUAAAAAUAUCGAAAACUUUUCAAAGAACUGCACUCUCAAAGACAAUUUGUUACUGUGGUAAAAUAAAGAAGCUUAUUAAUUUAAAAA